AUGAACGCUGAAGUUAAGGACUUCAUACAAAAGUGUGAAACAUGCCGCACUUUUGACAACAACCAAGGAAAAGAACCUCUACAACAUCACGAGGUACCACCACGUCCCUGGGCAAAGCUUGGACUUGACAUCUUCACUUUCGACCAACGUAACUACUUGAUAGUAACUGAUUACUUCUCAAACUUCUUCGAGAUUGAUGCCUUGGACAGAAUGACAUCCCAUGAGAUCAUCAAACGACUACGAGCACAAUUCGCGAGACAUGGAAUACCAGACCUGUGUGUGUCGGACAACGGUCCUCAAUUUGUCUCCGAAGAAUUUGCUAAGUUUGCCCAACUGUGGGAAUUCCAACACGUAACAUCUUCACCACACUACCCACAAAGCAAUGGGAAAGCCGAACAAGCAGUGAAAGUUGCCAAACAAAUUCUAAAGAAAGCAAAACAUGCAAAAUCUGAUCCUUACCUUGCAUUGUUGGAUUUCAGGAACACACCUACACAGCAUGUGGGAACCAGUCCAGUCAUGAGACUUAUGGGAAGGAGAACAAAAACACUACUACCCACGAAAGGAAAGUUAUUACAGCCGAAAGAUGCACCAUUUGAGAAAGAGAAGAUCGACAAUGCCAAACAAAAACAAGCAGAGUAUUACAACAGAUCUGCACACCCAUUAUCGCAACUAUCAGUUGGAGAGACUGUCCGAGUCAAAACCCCUAAUAGACCAUGGGAGAAAGGAACGGUUACGGAAGCAAUACCGGAAAGGAGAUCAUACAAGGUAACGACCGAGGCCGGAGCAAACUAUACGAGAAACAGAAAACAUUUCCGUAAAUCAAAUGAAUUGCCGGUGUCAAGAGACAUUCCGUGUGAUCUUCCGUGUGAGACAAAUGAGGCCAAGGAAGUGGCACCCGAUGUUCCAAAGCCAGUAACUGACCCUAAGAACACAGUUACCCGUUCUGGACGUGAAGUGAAACCGCCGGUUAAAUACAAUGACUAUGUCAGAUCAUGA